ACGUGACUCCGGGAUGAGCCAGAUUAACGGCUGCUCUCUGUUUGCCAGGAGUCCACUUGCGGAAACAGGCGAACAUCGUCUCAACACACACAGACACAGACACUGGAUGUGGCGUUCCUAGCACCGAGGACGAAAGCUAUUCCUCGUUUUUUAGGACAUUUAUAGUCGUGGUCAACUAACUUUCGGCAGCAUUCAUGAACUAGCUUGAAAUUCAUAGCAGGAGGAAUCAUGAUUUCGCCGUGGGACCGGUGGUACUCGACGAGCUGCUGCUUGUGCUGCCAUGUACGAACGGGCACCAUCAUUCUGGGAAUAUGGUAUAUGGUAAGUCUCAUUUUUCACUCGAUGUCAGUUCAAGAUUUAUAGAAAUAUGCCUUUAUUGUGUAAUUCAACAUGAUGAAAAUCAACCGUGCUUCAAUUCUUAACAGCACUAACGUGAAACUGCGACUGCUGUUUUCUUAUUUGUUGUCGACAUUCAUUUGUGUUUGCCAUUUUGAGGCAGGAGGUGAAUAGAGGAAUUUCGCAAAUAAAGAAAAACAGUCACAACAAUGUGUCCAUUCACAGCAUCUUUUCGGCCUCAGAGACAUUUUUAUCAAACAUACUGAAAACAUAUGUUUUAUGGAUACUGUUGAAGCUGUUAUGACAUUAUUGGUAGAGCUCAAAUGAGAAAGGUCUGAAAUGUCCCAAUUUAGCACCGACUAAUUAUAGAGUUUGCGCCUGUUAUUACCUGCGACAUAACCUGAAGUUUCAAACAUAGUGCAGUAAGCCUGUUAAAUCCCUGACCUUUAGUAAGCAUUAGUCUGUUUGACCGUGGUCCACAUAUAUGUAUACAUAUAUAUAUACACUUUUAGGGCCCAGACAGGUCAUCUGUUAUGUUACUUCCAUAUGGCAGAAAUAGUGAUAAAUAGUAUAAGGAUCACAUUGCCAGAAUGACCAUGGUGCUUAGACAUAACCAAUCCUUGUUGUACACAAUUCAGCUGAUCAGCUGAUUGAAAGUGAUGGAUUUCUUAAGAUUUUGAUCCAUUUUUCAAUGAUUGGAGAGCAAGUUUGCAAAUGGGCAACAUAUAAUGUCUAUAACUUUUUGAUUUUUUUUUAUGUGAUAAAAUACAUGUAUUCUGUCAUAACAACAGUUAUUUAAUGCACAGUAAAAUAUAAGGCGCUAGAUGGAUUUUUAAAUUAAUUUAUAAAAUAGAAAAUUAAAUUUGGUUUGCUGUAUAUUUCAGAGCAUAGCAGGUAUUCAUGUCAAAAGCAUGAACUGCCUUAUUGUAUUCAUCAUGACGGAAUUUAUAUUACGCACUAGCUAGUAAUUUAUCGAAUAUCGAAUUUCUCCUUAGGGAUAAGUAAAGUUCUUAUCUUAGAUUCGAUGGGCAGUCAUUCUGGACGGGAAAAAUGUGUCAUCAUUUUGGGAGACUUAAAUGCUGCUCAUCAGUCAACAGACAAGGUUGCCUGCAGUGUCUGCAGACAUUAUUGCGACUUUGUAAUCAACUUCAUGAGUGCAGGCAUUGGUCGAUAAUGGUAUCUCAAAAUGCAGUUAAACAGCAGAAUAAGGUGGUGGCUAUUUAAAAAAAAACAUGGAUCAACCACUUCAUAACACCAUGAUGGACCAAUGGUAGUUGACGGCUUCUCUCAUUUUCUCUAAUCAGACUCUACAACUUGACUGUAAAUAAUAGAUGACAUAAAACUUGAGACAUUAGAACCCAGACAAUUACAUUUAAAUAAAUAAAAUUCAGGGUAUCUUAUCUUAUCUUAACUGGCCUGACAAAUUAAUCGGCUUGUCUCUCAUUUUAAAUAACACUACUUUGGAUGCUGGACUUACAAAGAUGUGGCCUUGGGCUCUGAAAAACAGUGAUUUGUAUUUUUGGAAAUAUAUCAAAUUGAUAGCAGGUUAAGAAAUUGUUAAUAAACAACAUUAGCACAUUGUGUCUCAUCAUUUACUGGUAUCAAAUGUUAUUUUUCCAACCUGCAGUCAGCUGUAUAAUAUCUUAAAGUGUUACUACAUGGUCUACUCAACCCUCUUAUCAUUAUUUUACUAUAUUCCUACUCUAUUAGAUUAAACAUAUAGUAACUAUUGAUCUUCAUCUCCCACAGCUCAUCAAUGCCGUGGUCCUACUCAUUUUGCUGUCAGCUCUCAAUGACCCAGUUCAAUACCGCUACCACCUUACCAGCUCCGAGCUGGGAACUGACAUUGAUGUCAUGGAUGAUGCAAGUGAGUGCAACCAAUCCUCUCGUCUCUCAUUGUUACAUAUGUGGCUCAGUGUAUGUUGAGUCACAUGUCUAGAUGUUUGGAUCUUUAAUGCUCUGCUUAAAUCUCUAUGUUCAAGAUGUACCAUUAGGGUUUGAUUGUAAGAUCUUUGGUAAGGUCUGUGUUUUGUCCUUCUUGAGCAUGUAGUUUCUCAAAGUCAAUAUUAUAUUAACAUGGAAUCUAAUUUAAUUUAACUUAUAUUGUUUUGGCGAUGUACUAGAUUCUUCUCAUUUAAUUACUGUCAUUCAUACAAACAUUUCAGCUUAUCUAAACAAUAAUAAAUUCAAUGGACACUGUGAAGGCUCAGUCAGAAGAUUGCUAAAAUACAGAAAACAUGACCUUUGAUGGCUCUGUAUAACAUGAUUUAUAUUCAUUUAUCACUUUUUGUCAGAGUAUGCCCAUUUAAAAAACUGAGGUCACAGUUUGUUUCUGUGUUUUGCAGCUUUGAGUAUGCCUAUGAAAUUGCUGUUUGGUUGCUAUGAUAAUCAUCUGUCAUAUAAAUUUACUCUCAUCUCAUAAACUCAAGGGGAUAUCAUCAAAUUUAGGCUGUUUUCUUCGCAUUUAAAUUACACUGGCCACUUGUCUUGCCAGGCAAACUCUUCACAGCCUCUUAUUUUUGCAGCUCUAAAAUCGCCUCUUAUUUCUGCCGACCGCUUCUUUUCCCAUAAUGCUGCUCUCAGCACAGACAUACUGUAGCUGAGUGAGCUCUCCUCCACAGAGAACAAAUCAGAGAGCAUGUGUAUUUUCAGUGUUUCCCCCUCCAGCAGCUAUCAUCAUCACAGUCGCCUCUGGAACAGCACAGACCCUGUCACUGGCCACUCUGAUUAAAAACGACUGCUCUAAUUCUCUGUCGGAUUAGAGCGGCCAUCUUGACUUACUCCCAUCAUUGGAUGGCAUUGUUGCUUGUGUGGCAUCAUGAAAGAUGGUGAAAUGGUGGGAAUGAGGGAAGACGAGUAGAUUUCAUCGAUUUAGAAAAUAUUAGCCAGAUAAAUUGAUGUGUAGUCUAGUGUAGUUUGUUUGUGUUGCCCUGCACAUGUUUAUUAUAGAGUCUCUUGUAAAAGAUUGAAUCAGAGGGGCAUCAUCUUCACACAUUAUCACAGUAAUACGAGCACACGACAUCCAAACAGUCAUGAUUAAACUGAUUUUUUUCAUUGAAAUUUUGCUUACUACCAGGGAUGCAUCAAUUACAAUCACAGCCGUUAUAGCCUCUGUGCUACAAGUCCAAUAACUGCCAAUACUGCGUAGUGAUCUGGGAUCCCUUCCACCAACAGCACACAGUGGAUGCCUUUACUGACAUGCUUCAGUGACACGGACAAGUGCUUUAUCAGGCAGUUUUCACAGCUGUAACGUGAAUGUGAGAAGGGUGCUACAUUUUGUUAAAUUUAGCACAUCUUGCAUAACAAUUACCCACGUGCCAAUCAUGUUUUGUCCGAGGCAGAUCGAGUGCUAAAAAUAGGGGAUGUUACUUAAGGUGUUUUUUUUUUUAAAUCCGUGUCCCAUCAAAGACGUUUGGAUUACGUCAGUGGAAAACGCAAGACAUGGAAAUGUGUUUGCUCUUCAGGAGUAAUCUGGAUGAUCUGAUCUCACAUUUGUCUUUUUGUCUGUGCGCCUUUUCUGCAGAUAUCUGCAUAGCCACUGCAAUAUCACUGCUCAUGAUUCUCAUAUGUGGCAUGGCAACGUACGGUGCUUAUAAGGUAAGUAAACAAACACUAGAAAUGUGGAUAAAACAAAAAAUAACGCUUUAUGAUUUCACCUCACCUGCUGUUUGUCUCUCUCAUUUAGCAACACGCUGCUUGGAUCAUUCCAUUCUUUUGCUACCAAAUCUUCGACUUUGCCCUUAACACGCUAGUAGCCAUUAGUGUGGUGGUUUAUCCCAACACGGUGCAGGACUACCUCCAGCAGCUGGUGAGAACCAUUUCAUUGUAACCAAAAUGCCUCGAUUUUUAAAUACAGGCUACUUUUUGUUUUCUAGUGUUGUCUAAGCUAGAAUAUAUUUGACUUAAAAGGAAAGAAUAAUAAGAAAACAGUCCACAAAAAGAGACAUAGUAUGUAGCUAAAGAAUUCAUUGUAAACCCUUUAUCAUUUACGAAUGAAAAGUCAAGAUUUGCUCGACUCUGACACUUGUUUUUACCUCCUGUGUUACUUCUUUCAUGACUGGUUUUUUGUGUCACUCUCAACCCCUUCCUCUGCCUUCCAGCCGGGUACAUUCCCUUACAAAGAGGACAUCAUGUCCACCAACAACAUGUGCCUAGUCUUCGCAGUCCUUCUCUUCAUUGGCUGCAUCCUUUCCUUCAAGGUAAAGUAAAAAGAUUCCUGCCCUGAUGCAGACUCUCUGUAAAAUGACGUCUAAAACUGCGCAGAUACUGAGAAAAGAGAACGCUCACUAAGUAUAAUUAUGUAGACACAGAUUACACUCAUUCGCUGAACAUUUGUUCCCUGUAGAGCUGCCUUUUUAUAGAUAUCGCAGCAUGAUUAAGGCUAUUAAAUCUCACAGUGAGCACAUGAAUAUGAACCAUAUGGCACGUAUAAUUAAUCUGCCAGUGUGAGUGUUUCCAUUAUCAAUGCUCUUCGUGAGAUUAUCACACAGUCAGAGAGCAGCGGGUCAGGGACAACAGGAAACCAACUCCUGUCAAGCUAAUUUCCCCUCAAUGCAUGGAUGAUUCUCCGGGCGUAGCUUCGCUCUGGGGCUCUGUGACGAGAAGGGACACGGAGUUGCAGUCAUCUGUACAAUCAAAUCAACUUGUUUCUCCUCUAAGCUCAGAUUGGAAAUGUUCUCGGCAGAUAUCCAACGCCUUUGCGGGGGUUUUAUGAUAGGAAGCAGCCACCGGAAGAUACACUGCCGGACUAUCAGAGAGGCGAAUUAUAAAUGUCAAGAUCGAGCAGAAAGCUUUGUUGCACAGAGAAUAUGCGGUGGUUAAACUGCAAAUUUCAGCAUUUACAGUGAAAUAUAACAUGAAUAUAAUCUUAAAAAUUGCACGUUCAGUAUACAUUUGUGUCUUUAAGGAUAAUAGUAGAGCCAUUCAACUAAAAAAAUGCCAGAUCUCAAAUUUCAAGGAGGCAUUCAGCUCUCAGCACACAGGCAACACCUGCUAAAGUUCCUGCUGAAGCCAACAUCCUCCACUUGACUGCACUUGGCAUUAAUGACGGAUACAGACAGGCAGGAAGAAGGGCGAGAAGAGAGGGCAGAUGUAGACGGAUGGAUGAGUGAAAAGAUGGAGACUACUGUACGGCAUGGAAAAGGAUCUCUAACAUCAGAGUAGAGCGAAUUCAUGUUUUUAUUCUUCAACCUUCUUUAAUGACAGAAGUUAUUUCGAGAUUGGAUGUUAAUGUCUCAAAGUUGAGAUUGUGCUCGAUGAGGUCAACUCAGCAGAUGGUGAAGCGAUUGGCUAGCAGGCUGCUUGGUUUCCUGGUUGGUCAGUUGGUUGUGCUUACUGCUGGCAGAGGCACCAACUCAGCAGGCUACUCACACAUAAAGACAAUGAACCUCCUGUUCCUCUGCCAACUCAGACAAACCUUUACCCCAGUGCUACCAAAACCUUCCUUGGGGCCAGAGAAGCCCGAUGAAUUGGCUAAAAGAAAAAGAAAAAAAGAGGGGUGACACGGUUCAGGGAAUCGCCCUGACUUUAGCAUCUUAAAAUUUUACUGGGAUUUAAAAUUCAACACUUACACCCAUCUUAGUGCAAAGGAAGCAGAUCUUUCAUAUGGUACAUCCCUGCUGUCAUCGUCCCCAAUCUUGAUGAAUGGGUGAGAUCACACUAAGCUGCAUGUGUAAUAAUGAAAAACAUAGCUAAAGGUCAACGUGUGUUGUUUGUUUUCACCUCCUGUGGAUAGGCCUACCUGAUUGGCUGUGUGUGGAACUGCUACAGAUACGUGAGCGGCAGGGGCACCACUGAGGUUCUGGUUUAUGUCACCACCAACGACACCACGGUGAGUCCUCACAACCGUCCUCAAGGACACAGUGAAAACCCCUUUCACUCACACCAGACUAUUAUUGAAUUUGUGCUGCAUGGACUGUUUAAUGAUGUGGUUCAGUUUUUUAUACAAGGUGAAGAUGACUCCAUAAAGACUUUAAGAGCUACAGUUAAUCAACAUUUAUGAGCUUUAUUGAUAUUUACUUAAUUAUAGAGUAUUAAAUUUUGUAUGUAAUUGCAGUUUAAUGAGCUGAUACCACUAAAUACACGAGGUAAGGAUUAAAGGAAUUGUAAAUUUUCACUAUUAUGGUUAAAUAGAAUCAUUUGUGCUUAGAACAGCAAAAACCUAGUAAAUGUAAGUCUUGUAAAACCUCAUUAACCUCAACCUCCAAUUUCUUAAGCAAAUCCACGAAACAGAAAAACUGGUGGGUUUUUUUUUGUCAAUUGUGGACAGUGAUGUCCAGUUUUCUAAAACACUGAUUCAGCAUGACAAAAGAGGAAUAAUGCUGCGUUUGAGGACAUUUUUUGAGGAAAUAAAACACAGACAGAAUUAAUGGAAUUUUAUUGAAGUGUUUGGAACUUAUGCUGCGUUCGAGGUACCUCGGAAGUCAGAUGUUGGAGCUGGAAAUGACGUCACACCCAAGUUCCCAGCAUUUCGGUUACAAAGUCGAAAAAAAAGCUAAAUUGAAGGUGGAAACAAAAUAGCUACAUCUACGAAAGUUUUAGCGCUUGCCUCUUGUUUGUUACUUUUGGACAAGGCGAGCGUUAAUAUAACUUUCGUAGAUGUAGCCAUCUUGUUUCCGCCUCCGAUUUAGCUUUUUUCCAACUUGGUAACUGAAACGUUGGUAACUUGGGUGUGACGUCAUUUCCAGCUCCGACAUCUGACUUCCGAGGUAACUCGAACGUAGCAUAAGUUCCAAACAGUUCAUUAAAAUUCUAUUAACUUUGUCUGUGUUUUAUUUCCUUGAAAAAAUCCAAAACUUUCAAAUAACAAAGUAAGUAACAAUUUUUCUGGUUAUUUUUUUCGACCUUCAAGAGGUUUAUGUUAGUGACGUUUAUAAAUCGAAACAGUCCAUGAAGUCCGAUGAAGAAAAGGUUUGAAGUCACAAUCUCUACUUACACACCAGGGUGAAGAAUUUAACCAUUAACCAUCUCAAAAGGGUUUAAUGCAUCAGAAAUGUUGAAUUCUUACCACUGACACUUAAAAGAGUUGUUUUGUGACUUAAUAAUAAUCUCUAGAAACCUUCAGUGUUGUGGUAUUUUACAGUAUAGAGUAGACAUUGGUAGAAUAGUGCUGUGUGUACAGUAAAAAUGUCCAAACUGGAGACUUUGUGUGUUGUCUCCAUGCAGUUGAUUCCUGUUGACAGUGAUGUGACAUUGGUGCUGUGGGUAGCAGUGCAGUAGGUGCUGUAGGUCAUCCCGAGGUGCGAUUGGCUGGCUGUGCAGAGCCUGGUCUUGUCCACCCCCUUCAGUGUUGACUCACGGGGUUUCUGACAGGCUUUAGCAUAGUCACGGUUUCCAUUUGUCCGUCAGUCUGUAAUCCUCCACAACACAUGGAUACAUAAGACAUUAAUCUGCCUCACACCCGCUGUCGUCUCAAUACCCACUACUUCAUCUGUCACUUUGUCCUUGUUGCUGUCAUGGUGUUGGUUCACUCUGAACUCUGCGGACGUUUUUCCGCCUUAUGAAACACGCUCCAUAUGUAGCAGCUAAUCCAGUAGGGCCUCUUAUCACACGGUGACCUUUCAGCUGAUAUAGUGCAUCCACAUGACAGCGUCAAAGAAAUAUUUAGUUUUUUUAUUUCCCAGAGCUGAAUUUCAAGAAAAGAAAGAAUCAAUCAAAAGAAUCUACUCAGGAUUCUGAGUAGAUUGUGCCUGUGCAUAUCUACAGCUUCUGUUGAUUAAGUUUUUAUUGAAGAAAACUCAAUAAAAAUUUCCACAAGAGCUGUCUGUAAUAAUCAAAAUAGAACAAUUAUAAAGUAAAUAUUUAAGUGCAAUAGAAAAGCUGUUUACUGUUUCAUUAAUUCACGCUCAUUCCAAUCUAAUAAACAUGGAAAUCUCAGCCAGUAACAUGCUUUAGUUGGAUUUUUAGUUAAUUAAUGGAAAACAAAAAUACAUUUGAUAAUGAGACUGGUUUUAGAGCAUGACUGAUAUCUAUUAAAAAAGCAAAACUGAACAAAACUGAUAUUACUGACAAGAUAGUUUUUAGAUUUGUUGUGCAGUCAUACUGGAUGCGGAGAGACUGCCGAUAUAAGGGCCAAUCCACCAGCCAAUUAAUCAGUUUAUCUUUGAAUAAGGUGAUAUAGUAUAUGGAAUGAUAAUAAGGCCCUUUUUUUCUUGAAAUCCCACUAUCUUUUCUGUUAUUUUAAGGUCUCUGACACAGAGGAAUCUGUGGCCUUUUGCUGUAGAAGUAGAAAAUACUUGUUGGUAUAUUUUUUUCUUCAGUUUUCAAAUGAGAUUUUUUGAUAUAGAGUUUAUUGGAUACUGGAACGUUAAUCUUCAUCUCUCUGUAAAAGAAAAUAAAUGAUGUCUUUUUUUGGUUUGAAACUAUUAAAUUACCAUUGAUGACCUUUAAUGAUCUUUAAUGGUGGUUUAUAGCCACCAUUUAAGAUAUUCCAAUACCACCACGUUAUUUUUUUUAGAAAUAUAAAAAGUCCUUAAAAAUUUCCCAAAGAAGUUAAUAUCAUAUUCAUACAAAAAAAAAUUGAAGAUAACCACAGAGUCAGCUGUUUGUAGUUUAAAGUAAAAGCCACAGGAUAAGCUGUAAAAUACCCCUUACCCUAACAUGACUAGUAUCUAACAAUAAUCUGUAGCACACAGUUGACUCUGGUCCUCUAAUAUUAGCCAGUAUAGUGACAUCACAGUCUUUUAUCCUCCACACACAGCGGUGACUGAAUGGAACUAUUUUUACCAAUAAAAAGCCAGCACUGUGUCUAAAUGGCUUUCUUUCGCCUCGGACAUCAAGUACCCGGCUGCUUAUUCGCCGUGCUUUUAUAUAAAUGCCAUUAAAAUGCACAAGGGUCGCCUCUCUCUCUUUUUCUCUUUCUCUCCCUUCCUCCCUCUCCACCCCCUCCUCCUCCUCCCUGUAUAUAUCUCUGUCCAUCCUCUCUUCUUCUGGACAUGUUACAUAAUUGUCUGCUUGUCCGCUUCAUUUCAAAUCCUCUCUGUGAUGUGUUUGCCGGGCCUCCCUGGCUGCUUCACAAUUCCAUCCCCUCAGAGCAUAUUCUCUCUCUCUCUCUCUCAUUCUAACUCUCUCGCUCUCUCUCUCUCUCGCUGAAUUAGCAGCAGGGCUGGUUUUAUAACACCAUUUAGAGAAAGACCUCAGAUAGAGAUUGCAAUCUGCCCUCUAAAGCCCAGAGAUGUGUGGACAUUAUCCUUGAAGCUAGUAAUGCCUUCUAGAGGGGUGGAAAAAGAGAGUAUGAAAGAUGGAGAAGAAAGUAGUAACAGUCCAACAGAUUACUUAUUUUGUAUUAUAUAGUACAGUCACCCUGAAUUUCCACCACAUCCAGAAUGGCGGCAAUUUUCACCGUCCGCCAAUUCCUACCGGAUACGUUUGUGAGGUGAAUUUCGUACGGACAGCAGUAAUCGUGAGAAUUCACAAGAACCCACGAAUUCACGUGCAAUUGACAGCCAGAUAGACUGACCAUAUAAGCAGUAGAUUGUGUCCUUCCAGAGGAGGAAAUCUACUUCUGGACUUUUAAAAUCAGCAUCCCCUCAUCCAUGGUUUUAUCGGGAUGAAAUGCUGUCUGUAAACCUUUCAGUUGUUCGUCACCGCCCGUUUGCAUGGUGUGAAAUACGAUCCACCUGAAAUUGAAAAGAAGCCGGAUGCUUUAUUUUGUGUCUGUGCCCGAUUUUCUUUCCAGCACGGGUUAAUCCGUCUUGAAUUUAUCCGGCGUGCUCUGGCAUCCGGAAAAAAUAGAACUCUUAUGAUGGAAAUUGACACAGUAACUUGAAUGGUUAUGAUCAGCUUUUCGUAGCUGUUCUUGAUGCGGUGGAAAUUGGGGGUCAGUCUUCUUCCCCUUGUUUUCAUUCAUUUACCAAAUCACUUUUUACAUUCCCUCCAUGGUAGGUACAUUUUCUUUUUCAUCCUAAGACCUGUCUGACCUGUCUCCCAUCAGAACGGUUUCUAUAUCCGAGGUUUGCACCAGGACUAAACCUGAUUCUGGUUUGUCAUUGUAUUCCAGGUUCUCCUGCCACCCUAUGAGGAAGCCAUCGCCAUACCACCCAAGGAGCCCCCUCCUCAGUAUAUGGAGGCAUGAGAGGAAUCCUUUCCGGUGGACCCUUCAAAGCAAACACCUCCCAACACCAACCUCAUCUCCCCCCAACUCUAGGACCCCAACGCUGGCUGGAACAUGUUGAAAAACAAGACUAAACAAAGUCUUAGUGACUGGUUCCAGCUUGGAUCCUCGCCAACCUUAGAUUAGAUUAGGAGGACUCUGAGCCAGUGUCGCCAUCAACCCUCCCCGACGAAAACACCAUCCCAGGUUGUUGUGACGUAUAUUCCACCCCUGUCAUAUCCUCUGUCCUCCUCCAAGGACAGAAUCACAGCAGCUAUAACCGCUCCCAACACCCUUAGCUCCUCCCACUUGGCAGCUGCUGUGUCCCCUGGCAGCGUCUGAACUCUUGCACGUCCCCCCCCGAACACUCUGUCCCAACUUAAUUUGCACUUUUCUUUGAGUGAAAUGUGCACUGGUCAGGCCACCAACUGUUAACCCCCCCGAUACUGUGAAUCUCCCUCCUGGUCUUUGUCUAGAAACAAACUACCUGAAGAGAGAGAAAGCAACAGAGAGAGAGAGAGAGAGAAAGAAGGAAAGCGACAUACAUGAUCAGUUAUGCAAGAGCACUUUUUUUCAGAAAAUGAUAAAUCCCUUCAUUGAAUGUAAUGUCGAGGUAUUUUUGUAUGACUUUUUUGUAUAACAGUGAAAACAGAGAGAAAAAGAAGCGAGCAGAGAAAGGCUGUCCUGGUGUGAUGGAUCACCAUCUGUGUAUCGAUGUAUCUUCAUCCCGCAGGAAAUCCAAUUGAAAAAGGUUCCUUGACCAACGACAACCACUGUAUGUCUUCCUUUGUAUCCACGUGAACACUGUCUGUAAACCUGCUUCCCACUGACCGCCAGUGAGAACCUCGUGCACCCAUUGACUUCUAUCGAAAUAUUCCAGUUUGCCUUCCUGUCUGUUCCCAUAUCUCAAACUUUAGGACUGGCAUUAAUGUAAUCAUCCAGUGAGGCACUUAUCACAAACGUUUAAUUUAUUAUCACUCUUCAGGUUCUCUUAAAAGAUCAAUACUGUAAAAGUUUCAACUUGUUAACAUUUCUGAGUGAAGAAGACGUCUUGUCUUGUAUUCCUGCGACACCGUUGUUCGUGUCUUUGUCGUGUUUAUUCUCUUCUUUUUUUUUUUACAUGGAUCAUGGUGUAAAAAUCUGAUCUUUUUAGUUUGAGCUAACUUAGCUGGACUGAGGGCAUUUUCCUACAAAGACGGUGUGACAUGCUGCUGUAUACGCAGAGACUGUCUAAACGUGUGAGUGUGCGAGAGAGAGUGCGUACGUGCGUGUGUGUGUGCAGACCUGAGUGUUGUUGUGCAACUCCCGGGUCCUUUAGAUGUAACAUUUCUUUUGCACAUACAGUGAUAUCAUGUGGCGAUAUUUCCUGUGCUAGUGACCUUUUGAAACAAAAAUGGAUGGGAAUCUAAGGCAUUGAUUUAGCGUAGUGUUGUAGCACAAAACGAUUAAACACGCAGAGCUAGAGAAGCUAGAUGAAGCUUGUCUUUUGUCCUUCUGCCUAGAACUAUUCAGGCAUUAAGUGGAGACAUAUUAAUGGAACAAACAGUAUUAGCUAAACCUUAGCCCCUCUCCUGGUUUUUCCAAUAAUUCCUAUGUAGUGUUUGAUAUCAACAGGAACGCAUCAUUUUCUCACUCAGACUAUGCAACAGUGCAGAACAACUUGUUAGACCUAGAAAUACUUGUACCAUGGUGUAGUCCUCCAUUUGAUACAGAUACUGUAGUUGGUAAUGUAGCCAUUUGUUGGCCCCUCUGUCAUUGUUCCCGUGUGAAUUACGACCACUGCUUCUGCAAAUCCAACAAAGCCGAACGAUGAAAAUGCACUUUAAAUCAGCGUGGCGGGCUCAGUAAGAACUAAUGUGUUUGUGUUUUAAAGGUGUGUUGUAGCUGAGUGUUUCUAAUAUAUGAGCAGCAGCUCUCCUCUGAAUGAUGGACGCUUGUGAAACUAAUUCAGAUUUGUCAGGAGGGAUGUGACUGUGACGCUGACAGAUUCUUACCUGACCGUGAAGAGAAUUUGAGCUGAGUCGUGCAGAGUUUGGGGGGGGAAGGCUUGCAGUUUAAUCUGGACUAGUGGACGGCUGAUGCCUCAUUUUAUUAGAAUCACUCCUAGACUGUUCUCUAUCGCUUUCCAUUCACACACAUCCUCUUGUUGGAUCUGCAUGAGCUCAUGUCUUUAAUUCUGAACAAUAAAACGCUAAACAAGUCUGCGUCUGUGUUUGUUGUUUUUAAGCUUUUUUAAAACCAUUAUCUUUAAAGCUCCUAUAAGGAAUUUUGUUAUGUUUAUGAAAUACAGUGAAUUCAUAUUGAUGCCCUUUUUUAUGACAUAUAAAAGCAAACAAGACCAUCAAGGACAAGAUCAACAAUCAUUAUAUGGUAACUUUUUGAUAUCUUAAAUCUGUGCGAGGGGGUAGGUGUCAGACGAGCGGCUGAAAAAAAACAGCACAGAACAAAAGUUCCUCACAGGAGCUUUAAUGGAAAAAAUGUAAAUAAUUUAAAAAAAAAAAAGUUGUCAUUAAUUAGACUAAAUCAAAUUACAUGGUGAAUUUUGAUAAAUGAUUAAAGGAAGAAAUUGAUAUAGAAAAAAACACUAACCUUAAAACAAUGCCACUUUCUCCAUAAAAUUCUGGUUUUAUGAAGAUUGAAUCUGUAAGUUUUAAGCAAAUUAUAAAACUUUUUUCAUGACUUGACAUUUAAAUUUAAAAAAAAAAGUCUAAGACGGUAAAUCUAACAAACCUGGCAUAACAGCCAAGCACAAAUGAUAAGGUCAAAGUACCAAUAAAGCGCUUAAUCACAUUUAAGGGUAUCUCAGAGAUCACUCGACCACGUUUGGCAACUAAAGAAGCGUCUACAAGGGAAUUUUUGACAUGUUUUCAAUUAAUAAAGCACCAACAAGAGCAUAUCAUAAUUUCAAAAAGUUUGGCUGCCGUGUAAAAAAUUUAAACAGAUGUUUAUGGUUUGGAAUUUUUUGAAACUAGACAUCAAAGUUGGAACUGAAAAUGUAACUAUUUGGUUCUUGCCUAAUUUCAGCUGCUCAGUAGUCCAGGUCUGCUUUGUCAUGAUUUUGAUUUUAUGAUGCACUUAGUAUUUUUGAUACAUAACAAACUUGGGCUGAAGGCCGGCCAGUUUAGCAUCCAGACUCUUCUACUACAGAGAGAGACCAUUGUAAUAUGAGUAAAAAUGUGAUUUGGUUUUGUCUAUGUGAACAAAAGCAACGUCAGGACAACAGCCUAUCGAUGAAAUGAUGUUGUUGAAGUUAGGUGCUGUUCUGAGCAUUAUUUGUGGCUAUAGAGUGGUGUUUUGGUUGAGGUUUGUUUAUGGCUCCUCAGACCACUGUGUAUUGCUAUCAUGCGGUCUUUACUAUAGUUGGUAUGAGUAGAGAAGCAAGCAGUCUGCAACAUUUACCCCCUCAAUGGCAACAUUCAGGGGGUGUCUAACUCGGUGUUAUGGUGUGUUCGACCCUAAAUUAAUUUUAUGCCGGAAUAUCCCUUUAAAUGUUCAUGUUCAAAUAUGUUUUCUCUUUUGCAUGGUGCAGUUUUGACCUUGAUUUGUGAAUGCAGCAAUGGACUAAAUUCACUGACAAUAUGAUUGAAAGUAAGUCCAUGCGGUGAUUUAUACUGCAGGGUCAUGUCUGGGUUUUUGGGCUAACUUUAAUACCAAAAAAAAACAAACAAACAGCACAAAACCUAAUUUAUUGUUUGAACAUAGAUAUGACAGGAAUCAUAUUCUCUAUCAUUCAAAAGAAACUAAGUCUUGUUCAUAUAAAUGUGCUCUUUAUCUGCAUGUUUGACUGGAACAGCUCUAAAUCUUUCAUCAGCAGAUUGACUUCAGAUUAUUUUACCGAAUAGACUAUCACGUUUUGAGGUUAUGACAAUUCAGAAAAAAAAAAGCUUUUUCAGGCGAUAUGCGUGCGUCCUGCUGCCCUCAGAAAUUCGGCCCUCCUCUCAGUGAGGACGAGCAGCCUAGCAGAUCAGCGAGGAUUUACAUCUGUCCGCCUCAAAAUGGAGGCUGGCACUACCUUGGGUCUGACAGCCGGCUAACAGACAGACACGCUCACCUACUUUCAGCCAACAACAGCACGGGGCAGGGGGAGAGGAAAAAAAAAAAAACAAGUGGGUCACAUUCUGCCUGUUUUUCUUGCCGAAAUGUUCACCGGAUGCAGAUACAGAAAUGUUGAGUGACAUUAGACCCAGAGGGUGGCUUUGCAAGAGUUUGUCUGCAGACUUCAAAUGACCUGGAUAGUGUUCAAAUCCUCCACAAACAAAGACCAGCUGAAUUCAGUGUUCAUGGAAUGUUGUGCAUCAUGACUUUGCCCAGAGACUGAGGCAGAAACACAGAAUAUCAAUAAAUCAAUAAUGUUGUGGGUGGAAACAUAAAACAACAUGGAAACCAGAAAAGAGAAACCCGUGUAUAAAAACUUUUACAUACCCAGAAAUUUAUAUAUUUUUCAGCAAACAACUUGAUUUGAGAACAACCAAACACUGAAUGAAUGAAUGAAUGACUGAAUGAACCUUUCACAGUAGCUCUGAAAAGUAAAGGCCUGGAGGAUGCUGCAUGAGCUCUAACAGGCUUUAGAGUCUAUUUAUGGUGCGGAUAGUCCACACUUGCUCUCAGUGGGUGCAGGGCAUCUGCAGCACGUGAACAGAUCAUCUGGGAUGAUUUCAUUCGAUUUAAUUGGGAAUCAAGAAAACGGCUUACAGAAGCAGUGAGGGGGGAAAAGUGGGCCAAACUGCUC